UAAACACGAAAACAUCACACUACAUAAUAGAUGAAAAGGAGCUUACGGAUAGGCUCAUUCACUCACAACCAUCUUCGCCCCAAACACGAUUUUUCUUACAAAAAUGCAAUGUUUCACCUAACUAUUAUGCAAAACAGGCAGAUGUAGUUGAUUCUCAAAAAAAACUUCACAGAGGAUAAUGAAUUGAUCACUUCUAAGCUCGAAAAAUCAUUCUACACUAUGGAGGAAGGACUCUCACUCAGCUCUUUAAGAGAUCACCUGCAUUCGUAUAUAAAAAAUGAAGAUCAAGUCUUUCUAAUCGUCAUGGGAAUCCCAGUAUUCUUCAUGCAGUGUGGAUUCGCUUUUCUGGAGGCUGGAUCUGUGCGUUCUAAAAACACCACAAAUGUUUUAAUCAAGAACGCCCUAGAUGUCUUUAUUGGCGCCGUGGCGUACUGGCUGUUUGGUUACGCGUUCGCCUUUGGUUCUGAGAGUAACUCGUUCAUUGGCUAUUCAAAUUUUGCUUUGGCCUAUGUACCAACGGACAAGUUCUCUCGUUGGUUCUUCCGAUUCGUUUGUGCUGCGACCGCGGCUACUAUUGUCAGCGGUGCCAUGGCCGAGAGAACUGAGUUCAAGACGUAUCUGAUCUACUCGCUCUUUUUGACAGGUUUUAUCUACCCGGUUGUAUCGCACUGGGGAUGGCAUGAAAGAGGUUGGCUUAAAAAAGGCAUAAGUUACACAGACGGCAACACGACGAUAGACGUUACCUAUCAGGACUUUGCGGGCAGCGGUAUUGUUCAUGUUGUUGGAGGGACAUGCGCACUAGUCGGUGCCGCCAUACUCGGACCCAGGAUUGGCCGUUUUGUAAAAGGAAAACCUGUUACAAUUCCUGGUCACACAGUGCCGAUGACUGCCUUGGGAGGGUUCAUCCUGUUCAUGGGGUUUCUCGCCUUUAAUGGCGGAUCUCAAGGCUCGAUAUCUAACCCUGGUGAUGCAGAGAUUGCUGCUGUUGCCGUCGUGAACACGUUUAUUUCCGGAUCGGCCGGCGCCUUGACGGCACUAUUUAUCAAGAGGAUCAUUCCUGGCGCAGGGAAAAACUGGAGUCUGUUGACUACCAUCAAUGGAGCACUCACCGGAAUGGUCGCCAUCUGUGCUGGAUGCGAUGCCGUGUACCCCUACGGCGCUUUUGUUAUCGGCAUUUUCGCUGGCGUGACGUACAUCUUGUGGAGCGCCAUCAUUUUGAAGAUGAAAAUUGAUGACCCUCUAGAUUCAUGCCCAGUGCAUAUGGGCGGAGGUGCGUGGGGGCUGAUAGCUGCACCCUUGUUCAAUAACAAGACCGGAGUUCUAUACCAAUGGAAUAAAUUAUCCUUUUAUAUCUGGGGCUGGAACAUUCUUGGACUGGUAGUCAUUAUGGCCUGGUCCGCAGGUUGUGCCAUCAUUAUGUUUGGAUCGUGUCGACUGGUCGGGCAACUACGGGUUCCUGAAGACAUUGAAAUCAAGGGCCUCGAUGUCCCUAAGCACGGCGAGCCAGCCUACCCCGUGGUGAGUUACGGCGAUGGAUGGAACGGUGAAGAGGAUCAAAGACUGGGCCCAGGCGGCUUUUUGCUAGGACAGAGCAAGGGCGGCAACCAAUCAACAUCCAAAGUUGGCAUCGUUGAAGUAGUUUCUAUCGGGAAAUCCGACAAGAGUGAAAAUAUAACCGAGGUCAUCUAACAGCAUUUUAAAGAAAUGAAAAUGACAGGAUUUAAGCUUCCUAGCAUUCAAUGUAUGUUAGCCUCUUUUUUCAUAUUAUACCACUGUUUUUCUGUUACUCCCCUAGGAACCUCACAAAGGACAUAUUUGGGACUGCCUUGUAAUGUGUAGUUCCAGAAAAUAUCCAUACCCCGCCCCCCUAUUGAGGGGGUCGAAGGUAUGACCCCCCACCCCUCUCGAAUUUCCAACCCCCUAGAAAACAAUUUUUACAAUAACUGUUAAAAAGGGCAUUUACCCCCCUCCCCUCCCUUCUGGAAAUCCCUGGGCGCCCUGGGCAUUUACUCCACCCAAACCCCCGGAAUUUCCAAUCCCCUCAAUGGGGGGGGGGGGGAUGGAUAUUUUCUGGGACUACACAAUUAUAAAAAAUAUACACGUUUCAGCCGUGUAGAUCUGACGUUUUUUAUUAGUGCUAUUCAAACCAAGUUCGAUUUGGGAACAUGUCACAUCAUUUAUAUAUCACCCAUUAGUUUAAUGUCCGGAUAUUUGUCCCUAAAAGGAUCUGACUUAUGAUAAGUGGCACGAGUCCUGUUUCUAAGCGUCGAAUAGCUUUGUAAUAAAUCUUUGGUGUGUUA